AUGGAUGCCGAAAUAUGUAAAAAGUUCCAGAAUGUAAGGAAAUGGUUUCCUGAUAAAUUGGAUGAUAACAAAAUGUUUCAAUUUACCGAAAAUGAACAUUUCAAUAAGUAUUGUAAUAAUAAUUGUGAUGAUAAUCUCGAUAAAAUUAGUGCUGGAUGUUUAUAUUUGCUUAAUGAAUUUUUUCGUGAUCUUUCUACGUUUGAGGAGGCUGCAAAAGGAAACAUCUAUGUUAUUGAAUACAUUUUGAUAUGGUUAAGUUAUAUGUUAAACCUUAUCAAAACUGAAGAAAACGACAGUAUAGACCCUUUUUAUAACACAUAUAUAAAGGGUGGUGAUAAGUAUACUACUAAUAUAAAAUAUAUUAGUACUUAUAAUGAUUAUAAGGAUCUUAUAGAUAGAAAUUAUUAUUUUUUAAGUACGGAUAUGAACAUUAUAUCUAAAUUAUAUGAUUCAUUUAAUACAUUAUGUGACAUGUAUAAUGAGCUUGCUACAAACAACUCAAAUUGUGCGAAAUGUUUGGAAAAAGCUCGUCAAUUUGUUAAAAAAUAUGAAGAACUUAACAUAGAUCAUAACAUUGGUGAAGAUAACUCCUAUUCUCAUGUAUUUCUUACUUUAUUAAUUGAUUAUGAUAAUUUAAAAAAUAAAUGUAGAGAUUUCCCAUCCAUUUCAGGGAUAACACACGAAAAUUCUGAACAAAGAUCUGAAGUUACAUCAGGUUCAUCGAUAGCAAGCAAAUUAAUUCCAAUUUUAUCGAUAUUAGUUGCAAUAGCAAUUUUUUUAGGAAUUGCUUAUAAGUAUUCGUUAUUUGGAUUUCGGAAACGAGCUCAAAAGCAAUAUUUAAGAGAAAAAAUAAAAAAUAUAAAGAAGAGAAUGAAUCAAUAA